AUGAUUCAAACCACACUGAAGAAUUUUGUCGGUAUAUCACCGCCAGUUUUCCAUGGUCGAGGUGUCUUCAAUUACAACUUCGGGCUACUGCCAUACAGAAAACCAAUCCACACCGUCUUGGGAGCGCCCAUCAAAGUCACGAAGACCGAAAAUCCAACCCAGGAGCAAAUCGACGAUUUGCAUAGGCAAUACGUGACCAAGUUGCAGGAAUUAUUCGACUCCAAUAAGACCAAAUACGGAGUCGCUCCAAAGACUCAACUUGUAUUGCAGUAA